AAUCACGGACAGACAGUAGAGCCGCAGCCCGGAAGAGGAGUGACGUCUCCAGUAGCAACUGGGCUAGUGCUUCCAUGUGUCUGCUGUCACAAGGGUGAGGAGACCGCCAAACCUUCUGUGCAGAUCUCCUUCUUUUCUAGACUGGUUAAACACCGCGGCAGGCCACACCGAACCGAACGGCGGGGACCCCUGCGCGGACAUGGCGACCUCCAGCCCCUGUGUGGUGAUCAGCGAUGAGGAGCAGGGGUACGACCUGGACCUUUUCUGCAUACCAAAGCACUAUGCUGCUGAUUUGGAGCGAGUCUACAUCCCACAUGGCCUUAUCUUGGACAGGACAGAGAGACUGGCCAGAGAGAUCAUGAAGGAAAUGGGGGGGCACCACAUUGUGGCUCUCUGUGUGCUCAAAGGAGGCUACAAGUUCUUUGCAGACCUGCUGGACUACAUCAAAGCUCUGAACAGGAACAGUGACCGCUCCAUCCCAAUGACAGUGGACUUCAUUCGCCUUAAGAGCUACUGUAAUGACCAGUCAACAGGUGAAAUCAAAGUAAUUGGUGGAGAUGACCUCUCUACGUUAACAGGAAAGAAUGUUUUGAUUGUGGAGGAUAUUAUCGACACAGGGAAGACAAUGAAGACAUUACUGCAACUUCUCAAACAGUACAAUCCCAAAAUGGUUAAAGUUGCAAGUUUGUUGGUGAAGAGGACACCGAGAAGUGUCGGCUACAGGCCAGACUUCGUUGGAUUUGAGGUCCCUGACAAGUUUGUGGUGGGAUACGCACUUGACUACAAUGAGUACUUUAGAGAUCUAAAUCAUAUCUGCGUCAUUAGUGAAACAGGGAAGGAGAAGUACAAGGCAUGAAGAGGACUUUCUUUUUUUAUGUAUGAUCUCUUUCUUUGCGACUCAUUUUAUAUUUUAUUACUGUACAUUUGUGUCAUAAAAACAAUUUAGCCUGCUCAGGGUCCCUGAGGAUACACUGAUAGUGAUAAUCCUGGAAGUAGCGUUGCCUGGUGUAGCCACCAAUACAUGUUAUAUUCAGCGUUUGAGACAAUGACCUCAAACACAAUCACAUCUGGGUUAAAUAGCAUGAAACCCAGUUUUGUCUGAAUUUAGCACGAUGCUUUUAUUGCCCCAACAGAUUAAGAUGCUCUUUUUUUAAAGCAAUGGAAUAAUUUAUUGAAAGCAAUGCUGCUAGCUCGAAGAACAAUAUAAUUUUUAUGCUACGACACAAUUUUCAACAUUCACAUGAUUUUAUAAAGUAUUGAUUUUAUUGUCGCUCUACUCCUACUCUGUUUUAUGGGUACUCGAAAAGCGGAUGUUAUAUUUUCUCACAAUCUGUAUGUAUAUUUUGGGACGCAACACAUUUCACUAUUACUUUUUUUGUGUGAUGUGAUUUUCCUUGGAUACCAGCACAUUGUGUUGAAAAGUAACACACAUGUUCAGUGCUGUCUCUCAUUAAACACACAUGCUGACGAUGAAACAUUCUAUUGUUUGUGGGUAUACAGCACACGUACACAGAGCACCCGUACAUUAAGAUUUCCAGCAUAAUCUUUUUAAUAUUGGAAACUAAACACAACAUAUUUCACAGUUGUGCAAAUGUUCAGUUGUUUCUUAUACUGAGGUUUACAGUUAAUCGUAUAUCUGCAAAUAAUGGAACUGAAUCUGGCUUCAAACCUCUGCCUUAUAAACAAAUUUAAUGGUACCAUCAUUGUACACCAAUAUCAAUUGAAUGCUGCAACAACUCAUUAAAUGUUUAGAACUCUCUG